AAAUCCCCAACCCCAUAUUUUUAUUUUUAAACUAAAUAUGUAUAUUAACUAUUACUUAGUUACUCUGUGAAUUUCAAGAAGGAAAAGGUACAGCCUAGAAGUUAUUUUGUUGUUUCUCUUUACCCUGAAGAUAUUUAACUUGUACUAAUGUUCUAUAAUAACAUGUAGUUUUCAUUAUUUUGAUGUGUAGUUACAUAAUGUGCAAAAAUAAAAAGAUAAACAAUAGGUUUUUUUAGAAUUAUCUCUCGCAGAAUUGGCUCUUAUCCUUUGGGGCAGGAGCUGCAAAUGGUCUAUGUAGUCACAAGAGAGGAAAUGGUGCUAAAUGAAUGGUUUAUUUCAGGAGCUGUACAAGUGGCUUAGCAGUUAAGCGUAUGGACUACCCUGGCAGAGGACCUGAGUUCGGUUCCUAGAAACCACACUGGGAGGCUUACCAUUGUCUGUUAUUCCCGCUUCAGGGAAAGCUGACACACUCUAGCCUCCUAGGACACGUGGACAAACAUGUAGAGACAUACACAUAAGUUUAAAACUGUAUCUUUCUAAAGAAAUGCAUUUACUUUUUAAGUUUAGUUGGACCAAAGGCACUGGUGAGUGUGAACAUGAAAUAUUUUGUUAAAAGCAAAACAUUUGGGCUUGUGAGAUAGCUCAGCAGGUAAAGUGCUCACCAUGCCAUCUCCAUAACCUCUGAAUUGGACACCAGAACUCAUGUAAAGGUGGAGGGAGAGAACCAACUCCACAAAGUUGUCCUUUGACCUUCACAACAUCUGUACCCCCACAUGCAUAUCUCUCUCUCUCUCUCUCUCUCUCUCUCUCUCUCUCUCUCUCUCUCUCUCUCUCACACACACACACACACACACACACACACACACAAUUAUACACUUAAAAUUUAAAUUUACUUCAGAGCUAGAAAUGAUGGACUAUGCUUGUAAUCUCAGCACCUAAGCAGGAGUUUCAGGAGUUACUGGCUAACCUGGGCUAAAAACAAGACUUCCCCACUUUUGAAGAAAAAAAAAAAACACUUAGAAUUUCUCUUUCCCAAGUUAUUAACUAUAAAAUUCUGAGACCAUCUUAAACCUAUAUAGAAAAAUAUCAGUGGGUAACAAUGCUUUCAGAGACAUUAUAUUAUGUAAUCCUUACAGCAAGCCUACUAUUGCAAUUUUCCACAUGGCUUUUGUUUGACAGGGGGUCCUGCUAUAUGUCUGACUGACCUGGAACUUACUCUACAGGCCAAGCUGGCCUCUGAUUAACAACAGUCCCCCUCAUUCAGUUUUGUGACUACUAAUAUUAUAGUUGUGAGCCGCUUUGCAUGGCUAAUUAUCCACAUGCCCAGUUAUUUACACGUGCCCAAACAGGUUCAUCUGUAUAUGAAAUUCAAACACAGAACUUUAUCAUCAUUAUUUAAAAUUGUGUGUUUCAAUAGAGUUGACUUGUUCACAUUGUUGUUCCUGAAUAGAAUUUUGAAGAAUUCUACUAGUUCAACAAUGGAAUGCCUGACCAUGGGACUGGAGAGAUGGCUCAGAGGUUAAGAGCACUGACUGCUCUUCCAGAGUUUGAUUCUCAGCAGUUAGUCACAUGGUGGCUCACAAACAUCUGUAGCUCCAGCUCCACAGGAUCUUACACCCUCUCUGGCCUCUCACACACAUGGUAUAUAAACAUACACGCAGACAAAACGUCCACACAUGACAAAUAAAAAUUAAAGAAGAAAUGUCAAAUAUAAUCUCAUAAAUUUAAAUAUUACAGCAUUUGAAUAUCCCAUGUGAAGAUUAUUAUAAAGAGUUAUAUUGGGUGAAUGUAGUAAUUCGCUAAAUUUAGUCUUCUUUUUACCUGUACUGUUUUUAUUAGACAUAUUUAACUUUUAAGAAAAGAUUUAUUAGGGGUUGGGGAUUUAGCUCAGUGGUAGAGCGCUUGCCUAGCAAGCACAAGGCCCUGGGUUCGGUCCCCAGCUCCGGAAAAAAAAAAAAGAUUUAUUUUAUGUGUCUGUGUGUAUUGUCUGCAGUGCCUGUGGAGGCCAGACAAGGGGGUUGUAUUCACUGGAACUGGUUUGUAGAUGGUUAGAUGAUGGUGAGCCACCAUGUAGAGCUGGGAACUAGACCUCAACCCUCUGGAAGAGCAGGCAGCAAGUGCUUUUAACCACUGAAGCCAUUGCUCCAUCUCCAAGCAUAGGUUUAACUCUUGGCUUCUAUAUGACAAACAGUCUUACACUGAAAGAAUAGGUUUGACCCAAAGAAUAAGAGGGAAAUGACAGAUUCCAGACUUCUACCAUAAACCUGAUUUGAGAGAUCCAUACAGAUGCAGUUUAGGCAAAACUACUGAACUUAAAUUAGUAAGAACUGAAGGAAAGCUAUGCAGAAAAUGAACAGAGUCUUUCCACAGUGGCAGACAUAAGCAACAAGUACUCAGUAUAUGGUCUCUUAAAAGUGCCAUUUGUAAGGGGUUGGGGAUUUAGCUCAGUGGUAGAGCGCUUGCCUAGGAAGCGCAAGGCUCUGGGUUCGGUCCCCAGCUCCGAAAAAAAAAGAACCAAAAAAAAAAAAAAAAAGUGCCAUUUGUAAACACUAAAACAUGGAAAGAAUAGAGACCUAUUUGAACUUGUAAGACCUUGCACCGUCCUUUUGUCUUCUGGAUGCCUUUGUUUUCUGUUUCUUUCCUCAUACCACUGUCAGAGCGCUAUAGCUUACAGAAUUGACUUAGACACAUUUGAGUGGCCCUGAUUUAUCUGCUGCUGUGAGGAACACUAAGGACUGAUUGAGCUGCGUGCAGUUGGGCUGUGGCUCACUAGAGGGAGGAAAAGAGCAAGAGAGCAGAGAGAGCCCGGGAGACGACUUGGUUAAGUUUCCGAGUGCGUGCACCGAGAGGAGGAGGGGCCGGCUUGCGCGUAGCGGCUCCACCUUCACUUUGUCAGCAGGUAGAGAGCGUGAUUGCAGUCCCAGGGGAAGAAGUCAGAGCUGGUACACCAAUUACAAACCACAGGUUUCCUGCUGUAGGGAGCUGAUCCAGAAUUGUCUUUCUUGAAAGGAAGCACUUCAAUCCUGCCUCCUCCUGAACUUCCAGGUCCAUCCACGAUACAGAGAUAACCACUUUCUCCCUCUGGGAUUUUCCGUGAUUUUUGUAGUGAAUUGUUCUAUUUACUACUUCGUUUCUUAUCUUGUUCAAGAGCCGAUCAUUUAAUAUUCUGUACGGAGGCGGGGGAAAGACUUUUGUUAGAUUUUAGAGAUGAUUUUGGAUCUUCUUUAAGCAUUUCCAGAAUUCUUGAGGACAGUAGCUCUCGUCCUGGAAUACGUUUCUGCCUUUGACCUGCGUGGAUUACUUUUUCGGGCUUCAGAGUUUCUCGGCACCUGUAGUGCGGGCACUUGGUCUGACUGCAGAGGAGAAGGUGGAAGCAUGGGCCGCACUGGGUUAAGCUGCUCAGACCUUGUUUAAAGCAGGAUUUAUAAAAGCAUAAGUGAAUUUGUUUCACCCCCGUGGACUCCAGUGGGCCCGACAGCGCAACAGGUUUGCAGAUUUCUUUUGAAAUUCUUUUUUUGUUUUCUCCCUCCCUCUGUCUCAGCAAAGGCAAGGAAUCUAUAGAACGGGUUUGCAUUCAGUCAGUUGGCUUUUCAAUACUUAGUCUGAAGACUUUAUAGGAUUUUUAAGCCACCUCAGAACGCAGCAUACUUUGUGGGUGAAGUGUAUUUAUAAUUAAGGGUGCACAUUUUAAAAUCUGAUGUUUAUAAAUAGAGUCCAAAGUUUCCUAGGCACAUAGAAAUAGCCCAGAUCUCUACUCAGCCUGACUUUUUUUCAGGGUGCUCCAUUUAGAGCCUCUCUACUCCCCCUAUCUUUUCUUCUCUGCCCCCUUAAGGAAUUUGAAAACGUGUUAGGAAUAGUCCUUUGUUUUUCUUCUGAAUCCAGAAGAUUACAGAGUGUAAAGUCUGGAUGUGUUUCCACAGCAUUCUGAGGAAAGUCAAAGUGCUGAUAUUUUCAGGCUGGAGAAUAAACUCUGGGAUCCCUAAACCAGAAAGGAACGUGGAAACAGAAAUAUGAAUUUUAACUGGGAAAAUAAUUGCAAAGCUAAACUUUUCAAGUAUCUCAAUAUGGAAGUUGGAAGAGAUUUUGAUACUCAGAUUAAUUCUGUCAUAUGUCAAAGACGUAUGAAUUUGUGCCUAAUUUUACAGGUGCUUUUGGUGGAACACAAAAAUAAUAUAAUAUAUUGAAGUUCUUUAAAAAUAUAUACAUUCAGUAGGCCUAGAACUCUAGGCUAUGCUGAAACACAAUUUAGCGCGGACAUUUUAAUGAAUACAUGCUGUAGCAUCUUUAGACAUCCCUCCAGGUGGGGCCUGAUUAAUUUCCACUCUUCCCCUAUUAAAAAGAAAACCUUCUCAUGGACUUUAGCCAUUUACAGUGACAUUUUUUUCUGACUUAAAAAGGACAGCAUGUGUUCGUGCUCUGGGCUGAAGUCCCUCACUCACCUCUGAUGCCGUUUAGCUGUUUACUGACCUUGUUUUGUUCAUCGGCCUUGGGUUUAGUGCCUCAGAAAUCUGAUACAUAUGGAAGACCAACAGCAAGUGAUGUGAUAUAAUACCAAUCCAUGUUUGUAUCUAAAGCACAUUUGGAAAUUCCAAAGAGACAAGGUGGCGUUUCUGUAUUCACAGUGACAAUGGGAGAAAAUGACAUACCUGCCCCAGAGGUGGGCUGAAAAGACCAUCUCCUCCUCCCAGCCAGGAAUGCCACCUGUACUUGGGAAUCUAUUUUAGAAAAAGGAAGGACAUAGGAUCUGACUGGGCUCUCUGAAACGGAGGAAUAGCAUCUCUCCCCUUCAUUUUCUGCACCGAGGACCUGCCUUCGGGAUGAGCUAGUGGAAGCAGUAUGCAUGGCCGGAGAACGUUGAUGCAGCUGGUAGCAUGAGUGGUGGCCACCAGCUGCAGCUGGCUGUCCUCUGGCCCUGGCUGCUGAUGGCGACGCUGCAUGCAGGCUUUGGACACACAGGACUGGUGCUGGCAGCAGCGGUGGAGUCGGAAAGAUCAGCAGAACAGAAAGCUAUCAUCAGAGUGAUCCCCCUGAAAAUGGACCCCACAGGAAAACUGAACCUCACCUUGGAAGGUGUGUUUGCUGGUGUUGCAGAAGUGAGUCCAGCAGAAGGGAAGCUAAUGCAGUCCCACCCCUUGUACCUGUGCAACGCCAGUGAUGACGACAACCUAGAGCCUGGCUUCAUCAGCAUCGUCAAGCUGGAGAGUCCUCGGCGGGCUCCUCGCCCCUGCCUGUCACUGGCCAGUAAGGCGCGAAUGGCUGGCGAGCGAGGAGCCAGCGCUGUGCUCUUUGACAUCACAGAAGACCGAUCAGCUGCUGAGCAGCUGCAGCAGCCCCUGGGGCUGACUAAGCCGGUGGUGCUGAUCUGGGGUAGUGAUGCGGAGAAGCUGAUGGAGUUUGUGUACAAGAAUCGGAAGGCCUAUGUGUGGAUUGAGCUGAAGGAGCCCCCGGCUUGGGCAAAUUACGAUGUGUGGAUCCUCCUGACUGUGGUGGGCACGGUCUUUGUGAUCAUCCUGGCUUCGGUGCUACGCAUCAGGUGUCGCCCCCACCCUAGCAGACCGGACCCUCUUCAGCAGCGGACAGCCCGGGCCAUCAGCCAGCUGGCCACCAGGAGGUACCAAGCCAGCUGUAGACGGGCUCGAGCUGAGUGGCCAGACUCAGGGAGCAGCAGCAGCUCGGCCCCUGUGUGUGCUAUCUGUCUGGAAGAGUUCACAGAGGGGCAGGAGCUCCGGGUCAUUUCCUGCCUCCACGAGUUUCAUCGAACCUGUGUGGACCCCUGGCUACACCAGCAUCGGACUUGCCCUCUCUGCAUGUUCAACAUCGUAGAGGGAGAUUCAUUUUCCCAAGCCCUGGGAGCUUCUCCAUCCUACCAGGAACCAGGCAGAAGGCUCCACCUCAUUCGCCAACAUCCUGGCCACGCCCACUAUCAUCUCCCUUCUGCCUACCUGCUGGGCCCUUCCAGGAAUUCAGUAGCCCAGACCCCAAGACCUAGACCCUUCCUGCCCUCCCAGGAGCCAAGUAUGGGCUCUCGGCAUCAGCGCCUUCCCAGGGCUUCCCAUCUCCGGGCACCAGAAGAGCAGCAACACUUGGCAGUAUCCCCUGGGCACCCCUACGCCCAGGGCUGGGGGCCAAAUCGCCUCCGAUGUACCUCUCAGCAUCCCAACGCUUGCCCAGUGGCCCUACGGCGGGCCCGGCCUCAUGAGAGCAGUGGGUCUGGAGAAAGCUACUGUACGGAACGCAGUGGUUACUUGGCUGAUGGGCCAGCCAGCGACUCCAGCUCAGGGCCCUGUCAUGGCUCUUCUAGUGACUCAGUGGUCAACUGCACGGACAUCAGCCUGCAGGGCGUCCAUGGCAGCAGUUCUACCUUCCGGAGCUCCCUGAGCAGUGACUUUGACCCCUUGGUAUACUGUAGCCCUGAAGGGGCUCUCCAGGGGAAAGAGGUGCAACCUAGCAUGACCUCUCGACCCCGCUCGUUGGACUCAGUGGUACCCACGGGGGAGACCCAGGUUUCCAGCCACAUACACUAUCACCGGCACCGCCACCACCACUACAAAAAGCAGUUCCAGUGGCAUAGCAGGAAGCCUGGCCUAGAAACUGGGGUUCCACAGUCCAGGCCUGCUGCUUCUCACACUCAGCUGGAGCCAUCUCUCCCUGACCAGCAGCUCACCACACCCAACCCAGCAGUUUCCUCAAUGCUCCCCAACCCACAACGGCCCAGGGCCCUUACGGAGCCAGCCCCUGGCCUAGCAGAAGCUGUCAGCCCUAGCCCCAGUCCCAACCCCAGUCUUUUGAAUUUGCAGAAAUCCAACCUCCCCGUCAGAUACCCACAGAGAAAACGGCGGGGUGGCCCCUCAGAAGCCCUGCCAACCUCUCAGCCCCAGGACUUGACUGUGCACACAGCUUGCCCCGUUCCCCCCCACUACAGCCCCAGUCUAGCAUACCCUUGGCCCCCAGAGGUUCAUCCAUUGAUAUUCAGACCUCCAGGCCUGGAUAGGAGGCUGCUACAUGAUGUACCAGGCCCCUGUUACUCAAGUUCACAGCCAGUGUGGUUGUAUCUGAAUCCCCGCCAGCCUCUGGGACCAUGCUUACCUGGAGAGGGACAUUCCAAGUGGAGUUUUGACACCCCAGAGGACAGGAGAUGUCCUUACUCACACUGCCAGGUGCUGCCAGCCCAGCCUGGUGAGUGUUCAGGGAAGCAGGUGUUCUGGGAAAAGGAAACUAUAUCUGGAUGCUGGAGGGCAGGCGAAAACAGCCAAGGGGUUGAUGAACUGAAGAGAUUAUAACUUACCUGAAGCACAGAAAUCAUAGGUGGUUCUCAGCUUCCCUAGGGGCCCUUGGGUUUUGGUAAAGGAACUAUUUAAGGUACCUGGCAAUGUUGGCACACGGCUUUAAUCCCAGCACUAGGAGGCAGAGAAAGGCAAAUCUGUGAGUUCAAGGCCAGCCUGGCCUACAAAGUGAGUUCCAGAACAGCCAAGACUACACAGAGAAACCCUGACUCAAAAACAACAACAACAAAUGAGGGGGGAGGGAGGACGAAGGUUUCUCUUCCAAGCACUCUUGUUAGUAAGGCCAGCCACUUUUUUUGUGGGAACUCUGUAAAUCCUCAGCUCUAAGCCAAAGCUUUCCACAUUUGUUUAUGUAAACCAUCUAUCCUCUCCAAGACUCACUACCCCCCACCUUUGAGAGACACUGUACGGACGGUACACCUCUUUGCCUGUAGCCAUUUCUAGAAGGACCCUUUUACCUCAAAGGAAGACCCCAGUGAUCCUGAGAUACAAAUCCUAGAAUCCUACAGACAGGACUUGAGAGCUACUGUCAUUCAUUCAUUCAUUCAUUCAUUCAUUCAUUCAUUCAUUCUUCAUUCAUUCCCUCCUCCUGAUUACAUGCUAGCUAUAUGAUGCUAGGUCCUAGGCAGGCUUCUGAGGAUUUGGACCUUGCCAUCCAGAAGACCCAGGUCCAUGGGGAGACAGGCAUGCAAAUAGUUAAUGUAUAGGAUCACAGUGCCCAUGGUCACGUGAUAUGAGCAGGGACCAGAUGUUUGAUGCUCCCUUCGGACUCUGUCAUAUUUGCUUCCACUGCUGGCAGAAUCAGACCUCAUUUUGCUCUAAGUUCGGUGCCUCUCUCUUCCUUGAUCCUCACACUCACUGUUUCCUGUGCCUCUGCUAACUCUGACAUCUUCUCACGUCCCCUGCUGAUGGCUAGGGAGUACAGCCUAAAGGUCAAAGCAGCAGCCUCCCUCUGUCAGGGUCAGGAAGUUGAGGGGCCUGGACACCUGGUUGUUGUGUCCCACAGAGUUGUGCAGUGCAGCUGCCUCUGUCCCUCCAUGCUACUGUCAGGGUCAUCAGCCUUUUAAAGAACUAUCUAGAACCUCUGGUAUGCCCACAGGCAGGAGAAAUCUAACCUAAUGUUGCCUUCAGUGCUCCAGCGCCAUCUAGAUCCAUCUAACUCCCUCCCUUCCUCUGCCCUCUGCUUUAAUCAAGUUGGAUAAAUAUGAAUUAUAGUUUCUGCUGCUCAGAAUGUCCCACCAACUUCCCUGUCCCUACAAACCCAAUUCUGUAAAACCAACUCAUGCAUCUUCCAUCAGAAAAUCUUUCCUCACUGCUGUGGGGUGUGCAUUCCUCCCUCGAUGCAUCUCUCAGGACCCUGGUUCUCUCCCACUGUCAUAAUAUCCACACACACACACACACACACACAUACAAUACCCAUGUGCACGCACGCUGCUUUCUCUUCUAGCCUAUUCUUUUGGAUAUUCUGUUCAGCAGAUGGUAGCAAGCCAAGUUCACAAUGAAUGCCUAAUAAAUAUUUAUUGGGUGAAUGAAUGAAUACUAAA